AUGGAUCACGCGGACCAUAUGGCGUUAUCCGGUUCUGCAUCUUACUAUAUGCAGCAGAGAGGACUUGCUGGUUCUGGAGCACAUCCUGAGUUACAUGUUUCGUCGAGUUUUAACCAUCUGUCUAAUCCCAAUCUACAAUUUCAAUCAAGCAUUGGUGGUGGCAGUAACAUUGGAUCGACAUUACCUUUAGAGUCUUCAGUAAUUUCAUCUCAAGGCGUCAAUGUGAGUGGUCCUACCGGGGUACAGUCUGGGGAGACUGUAAAAAGGAAGAGAGGAAGACCGAGAAAAUAUGGCUCUGAUAGAGUUGUGUCAUUGGCACUUAGCCCAAGUCCAACACCGUCUAGUAAUACUGGAACCGUGACGCAGGAUGGUCCGAAACGAGGGAGAGGGCGUCCACUUGGGAGUGGGAAGAAACAGCAAUGGGCUUCCUUUGGUGAGCUGAUAUCUGAUUCACCUGCGAGGGGAUUGACUCCUUUUACGAUCAGCAUCGCUAGUGGAGAAGAUAUUGCACCAAAAAUCUUGGAAUUUUCUCAGGAGCGGGCUAGAGCUUUAUGUGUUAUCUCAGCUCAUGGAAGGGUCUCGAGCGUGACACUUCGUCAGCCUGCAACUCAAGGUGGCACUAUCAAACAUGAGGGAGAUUUUGACAUUUUGUGCAUGUCUGGCUCUUACAUGCCUACCGAGAGUGGCAGCUUGCUGAACCGAACUGGUGGAAUAAGUGUUAUCCUUAGUAAUCCUGAUGGCAGUCUCUUUGGUGGAAGAGUUGAUGGACUGUUUACUGCUUCUGGUCCCGUCAAGGUGAUGGUUGGGACCUUUCUCUGGGGAAGACUGAGGGGAAGGAACAAUAAGCGAAAGGAACGCUCAACUGAUGCAGAAGUGGCUGCUGAAUCAUCUCAGCAAGGAGCUCUCAAUGCAGGCGCACUGAACAGCAUUUCACCUAAUCAGAAUCUGACUCCGACCUCAUCCUUAAGCCCUUGGCCAGCAGCAGCAGUGUCGCGUCCGAUGGAGAUGCGUGAUUCCAAUGCUGACAUUGAUUUAAUGCGCGGUUGA